AUGUGGGCGUUCCGAGCUCGAUUCAAACUGGCCCUCGAGAGCCUGCAGACGGCACAUGGUCUCAAGCUGCCCGAGUCUCCCAUCGAGCUCCAGAACCUUUGCUGGAUGGAAGAUAAAAUGGCUUCCAUCUAUGGGUAUCUGGGGGAUCACAAGAUGGGGCUAGAGUGGAUCGAGCGUAGCCUCGAGACGUGGAGGCGAUGGUCAGAGUCCACGGGCGCUGCACUCGCCUGUCCUCCGCUUCUCAAGCUGACACACGGGCGGAUUCUAGCCCACGGUGGAUGGCUCGACGAGGCCAGGUUUCAGCUGACUGAGGCAAUAGACGGGCUGCUGUCCGCGAAGCCGUUGGUCUGGGCACCAACAGCAAGUUGCAAGUUCGCCUUGGGGAGACUGCUCAUGUUCGAGAAGAAGUAUGAUGCGGCGGCAAGGAUGAUGCUGCUCGAGAGCCAGUCCAUGUGGCUACAAGGAGAUAAGUCUCGCGCAUUGGAUGUUAACGGCAUAGUCGUGUACCAGCUGGGCUGCUGCGCCCUGCUCAGGGGAGACGUUGAUUCUGCAGUAUGA